UAUCCUUUGCCGUUACUUGUAGCACCAGAUAACGGUCCGGCACUACCCAUUCUAGUGCUGUACGAGUACAUGGGUACUUGUACCGCAGAAACUCAAACGAUGGAUCGCUAUCUGAUCGAGAGCGAAAAAUACAACAAAGCGGACAUGCCAUCAUACUCGGCCCCUCUGAGACAGGGGGGGGGGCAGAAAUUGAGAAAAAGUAAAGUACGGUAUCAGACUUCGCCUUAACUUUACCGGAGGAGGCAACCCUAAUGACAUGGCACACUGUUCUAUUAUUCAGCUUCUUGCGGUAAUGCUUGGUUAAUCAGAGGGCAGCGGGCGGUAGGAGAGGGAUCGUUUUAAGGUUUUCUGUGGUUCCCCAAUUUUAUAUAUAUUGCUGGGGGGUUCCCCCCUCUCUUUCCGUCAUGCUUUCCUUUCGCUUCUAAGGUGUGUUGAUCAUUGGCUUCUAUCUAUCAUAUCAUACUUAGAUAAUUCUUCCUUUGCCCUCCCUCUUACCUUUUUACUCUACUUCACUUUCAACUCUACUCGUCGCAGACAUGACAUCCAACAUCGUGAUCAUCGGCGCUUCGUAUUCUGGCCUCCCGGCAGCACACUACCUCCUCAAGCACGCUCCGGAAUCCUGGACCAUCACUCUGAUCAACCCAUCGACAAACUUCUACUUCAACCUCGCUUCCCCCCGCGCCUUGGUCGAACAAUCCAUCCUCGGAAAGAAGAAUGGAGACCUGUUUAUUCCCUUCCUGCCCAAGCUCGAAAAGCACGGCUCACGGUUUGCCUUUCUCCACGGGAAAGCAUCGGCGGUGAAUGUUGGUAGCAGGACCGUCACUGUCGUCUUACACGGGGGGAGGGGAGAGACGAGCGUUACGUAUGACCAUCUCAUCGUUGCCAGUGGAGCGAAUACAUCCGGCGGCGCUGGGAAGGAAUGGGGCUUCAAGCAUGGCCUUGACGGUAACACCGAGGAGAUUGUAGCCAAUACCCGCGCUGCCGUUAGGGCCGCGAAGAAGAUUGUCGUAUCGGGAGCCGGAGCGACAGGUGUGGAGUUUGCCGGGGAGAUCAAGGACUUUUAUGGGGCGAAGAAGGAAGUUGUCAUGAUAUCCUCUAGCGAGGAACUCCUGCCACAGGUACCGCGGGCGGACGUCGGUGCAUCGGCGCGGAAGAUCCUAACGAAGAUUGGCGUGAAGGUCAAGACGGGCGUUAAAGUGAUCGAAGAGCGCCCGGUAGAGAAGGGGAUCGAGGGCGCCGUCGAGCUGGUCCUCAGCAAUGGUGAGGUCAUCUCUGCAGAUCUGCACGUUGCCACCUGGGGAAUCUACCCGAACACGUCCUUCCUAGCGAACGAUCUGCUCGAUGGCGCGGGGUGGGUCAAGACGGACGAGUACAUGCGUGUCAGCGGGACCCGGAAUGUUUGGGCUAUCGGCGACGUAACACAUUGGGGGAAUAGGAAGGUGACGACGGUGGACGGGCAAUGGGCUGUUGCUACGCAGAACAUCGUCUCUUCGAUUAAUGGGGGUGGGGUGGAAGUGUUCAAGAAGUAUGUUCACAGCGAUGCGCUUCUGAUGGUCGUCCCCAUGGGAAGGAGGUUUGCCAACGCGGUUGCCUUCAUCAAUGGGUGGAAGGUGUGGGGGUUUGUUGGGUGGUUGUUUAAGGGGAGGACUUAUAUGAUUGAGAAUGCGCGACCGGUUGCUGAGGGCAUUACUACAGCUGGGAGAGCGAAAAUCUAAGUUGACUGCUUUGUGCCCUUUUCACUUUUUUUUUCCUGGUGUCUCACGAUGGUGGCUUUAAUUCCUUUAUGAAGGCAGUUUCUUCUUCUUGUCUUUUUCCCCUUUCUUUCCUCUCUCUCUCUCUCUCUUAACGACGGAUGGGCGGAUACUGUGGUUGGAUGGGUUCCUACCCUUCUUUUCCUUUUUUUCUUUUCUUUUCUCGUUAGACUCCUUAAUGUUAUUAGAUUGGCAGUUUAUUGCGGUAAU